GCCGGGUCGAUGCAGCGCCGGCGCUGCGGAAUGCGCGGCCAACGAAGACGAGCGGCAUCCCACCAUCACCAUCAUCGUGCACCGUCCCAACGAUCGCGUCGACGUACAAGUUGCGCGACGGAGAGGAGAUGCCAUGGCCUCUCCUCUCCUCUCCCGUCCUCGGUUUUCGAUGCACCUCGUCGUCGUGUUCCGCAGAACGCUUCGCGCCGCGCACGGAGUCGCUGUGGAAGCUAGAUCGCGCGUUCACCAGAUAGAAUAAUCGACGUCCGAGCUCGGCGAACGAGCUUCAGCGAUCAAACACGAGUCGAUCAGCGGACAUGAAGUACUCGCCGCAGCAGCAACAGCAGCAGCAGAAGCAGAGGAAGUCGGAGAGCAGCGACGCCGCAUCCAUGGACGCGACGUCGCCGUCCGUUGCCCAGGAGCAACGCAAGACCUCGUCGACGUCGUCGUCGACGCGGGCCACCGUUUGCCGUUCGCCAUCCACCGGAAUGUUCGCCUGGAUGCGGGUGUUCCGGUUGGCGUCGAUGCUGCACCAGGUCGGCUGCUAAGGUUCUCCGCGAGCGCGGGGCCUGCGAGGGAGAAACAGAGAGCGAAAGAGAGAGAGAGAGAGAGAAAAUUGAUAGAAGAAUCCAGAUAUCUUAAACAAUCUCAGAUUUAGUAAUUAAUAUCGUGCAAGAGCGAGUGAGAUGCGCGUAGCGCACAGGCAGUCCUGUUUCGACCCCCUUCGCGCGUCGCGAUUUAUAUAUAUAUAUAUAUACAUAUAUUUAUACACGGCCAAGUCGUUAAUAAAUCGUAGGUAUACGCGGCCGAUGUUGUAGCUCGAUAAUAGUGCGUUACGCGAAUGGCGAGUCGUAGAGAUCCGAUUCGCCGCGUAGAAGAUGUCGUAAACUGGGCCGCGCCCCUGGAUAGCAUCGCCAUCCUGGCGCGAGUAGGGGUAUAUCUUUCGAAAAUACAAGGAGGCGCUCCCUUUUUUGAGUGGGCGAUUUAUUUAUAGUGUACUUCCUCGUCUCUAACGAGAUACAUUUACUCCGAUUAAAUCCUUUGAAUAGUUUAGAGAUUCGCGAGAAGAAUCUAAUUAUAAUUCCAUUCAUAUUUCCACGUCUUUAUCGUGGAAUUCUCGUUUUAUUUUAGUCAGAAUACAAGGGGAAUGUAAUCUAACGACUAAUUUAAGUCGUUACCCUCUCCUGCAGGAAUUUGGCGCGGCCCGAGUCACACACAGCCGCACGCAGAGCAGAAUGUAUGCCUCGCGAGUAACUUCGUAUAUUUUUUGUACGAAUCGAUUAAAGGGAGAGAGAGAGAGAGAGAGAGAGAGAGAGAGAGAUGCGAAAUUCUAGCAGUUUUACAAUGAUUUUUUGAGGAGGAUUUAAUGAGGAGGGAAGGGGUUGCGUUUAAAAAAAAAAAGAAAUAUGACGUUACUCGCGAAACAUCAAUUAGCUAAUUAAUGGACCGAUCGGUCGAUCCUUACUUAACGUAAGCCCCGUAAUAAUCAGAGGUGGAUUCGUCGCUUAGAGAAUGGUUUUCCCCUUCCGAAAAACGCUCGUUACUUUACGAGCGUCGAAUAUACGUCUGCCAUAGUGAUGUUGACCCGUAGUCGAAUUAUAAUAUACGAAUGUUACAGCGUCGCCGACACACGUCACCACGAACAGCUGAUCGACGUUUGAUUUUUCUAUCUGUCAUCCCGCGAUCCUCCCCGUUGAGUUUCUCUCGAGUCCCCCCCCCACUCCCCGUUGUUCAAUCGAUGACGAUGACCGUACAUCAGGAUGCGCACCGUGGAUUCUAUUUUUAUAUAGCGUGUACACACAAACGACGAGAUGUGCCGUAUGUUUUUUUUUUUCGCGAAGCAUCACCUGCUUCGUCGUAGGCGGGAGAAAAAUGGUGAGACCCGGUUAACAAGGUGCGCCCCCUUGCCUCCUCCUCCUCCCUCCCCCCUGAUCCGCCCUAUUGUCCCCACGAGGAAGUUACGCGACUUCCUCUAGGGUGUCUGCGAUUACGUCCGAUUCCGACCUCAAUCCCCCCUCCCCGCCCCCCCGUUGAUUGUCUCGUCUCGCUCAACGCCGAGCUCUAUCGAUGUUAUAUCUCGUUGAUCGUUACAUGAGUAUAUUUUAUGAUUGCGCAGAUUCACUAAUAAAUUAAAUAUUUGCUUUUA